GAGCAAGAGGGACGAUCUGGAGCCCUAUAUUGGUCUGCAUUAUCCGGCCACCGACAUUCCUCAGGCUUCGAGGUUCCUCUUCAAGCAGAAUCGGGUCAGGAUGAUCGCCGACUGCCACGCCGUCGCCUCCUGUUAGUGUGAUACAGGACGAGAAUGCCGAUGCAAGCCCCGCUGUGCCUCCGUCGGUCGACUCUGCGGGCUCCGCACGGGUGCCACGCUCAGUACAUGGCGAAUAUGGGCUCGAUUGCGUCUCUGGCGAUGGCGGUCAUAAUCAACGGAAGCGAAGAGGACGGGACGAGGAACUCGAUGAAGCUGUGGGGACUGGUUGUGUGUCAUCACACCUCGCCGAGGUGCAUUCCCUUUCCACUGAGAUACGCUUGCGAGUUCUUGAUGCAGGCGUUUGGCCUCCAACUGAACAUGGAGCUUCAGUUGGCAUCACAGCUGAACGAGAAGCACAUUCUGAGGACGCAGACGCUCCUGUGCGAUAUGUUGCUUAGAGAUUCACCGGCUGGGAUUGUUACCCAGAGUCCCAGCAUUAUGGAUCUGGUCAAGUGCGAUGGAGCUGCACUGUACUACCAAGGGAAAUAUUACCCCUUGGGGGUAACUCCGACUAAAGCUCAGAUUAAGGAUAUAGUAGAAUGGCUGACGAGUUGCCAUGGGGAUUCUACUGGGUUGAGANAUAGCUUGGCGGAUGCCGGAUAUUCCGGUGCGGCUUCUCUUGGCGAUGCAGUUUGUGGUAUGGCCGUGGCGUAUAUCACUCCUAAGGACUUCUUGUUCUGGUUUCGGUCACACACUGCCAAGGAAAUCAAAUGGGGAGGCGCAAAACAUCAUCCUGAGGAUAAGGAUGAUGGACAAAGAAUGCAUCCUCGUUCAUCCUUCAAGGCUUUCCUUGAGGUGGUCAAGAGCAGGAGCUUGCCAUGGGAGAAUGCGGAAAUGGAUGCUAUACAUUCACUGCAGCUUAUUUUGAGAGAUUCUUUCAGGGAUGCAGUGGAGGGCACAAGCAAUUCCAAGGUAAUUAUCGGUGGGCAACUUGGAGAGUUGGGGUUGCAAGGGAUCGAUGAGUUAAGCUCAGUUGCAAGGGAGAUGGUGAGGUUGAUUGAGACAGCCACAGUACCGAUCUUUGCUGUUGAUUCCGAUGGGAAAAUAAAUGGGUGGAAUGCUAAAGUUGCUGAGCUAACUGGAUUGUCUGUUGAUGAAGCCAUGGGCAAAUCAUUAGUUCAAGAUCUCAUCUUUGAGGAGUCUAGAGAUGUUGUUGACAAGCUUCUGAGCCGAGCCUUAAGAGGCGAAGAAGAUAAGGAUAUGGAGAUUAAGCUCAAAAGGUUUGGACCACAAGAGCCUAAGACUGCCGUUUAUGUUGUAGUUAAUGCUUGUUCAAGUAGGGAUUAUGCAAGCAAUAUCGUAGGUGUUUGCUUUGUUGGCCAAGAUGUUACUGAGCAGAAAGUGGUAAUGGAUAAGUUUGUUAACAUACAAGGUGAUUAUAAGGCCAUUCUACACAGUCCCAACCCUUUGAUUCCCCCAAUAUUUGCUUCGGAUGAGAACACAUGUUGCUCAGAGUGGAAUACAGCAAUGGAGAAGCUUACAGGAUGGUCAAGAAGGGAUAUGAUCGGUAAGCUUCUUGUGGGAGAGAUUUUUGGCAGUUGCUGUAGGCUAAAAGGACCAGAUGCUCUGACAAAAUUCACGAUUGUCCUACACAAUGCAAUCGAGGGUCAGGAGACAGACAAGUAUCCAUUUGCAUUCUUUGAUAAGAAUGGCAAAUUUGUACAGGCACUAUUGACGGCAAAUGCAAGGACUAAAAUUGAUGGACGUAUAAUUGGAGCAUUUUGUUUCCUACAAAUAGCUAGUCCUGAACUGCAGCAGGCUCUUGAAAUCCAGAGGCAGCAGGAGAAGAAAUGUUUCGCAAGAAUGAAAGAGCUCGCUUACAUUUGUCAAGAGAUUAAAAACCCGCUCAGUGGUAUUAGAUUCACUAACUCAUUGCUGGAGAUGACAGAUUUGUCUGAUGAUCAGAAGCAGUUUCUUGAGACUAGUGCAUCUUGCGAGAAGCAAAUGAUGAAGGUUGUAAGGGAUUCUGGCUUGGAAAGCAUUGAGAACGGCUCCUUGGUACUUGAAAAAAGUGAUUUUCUGCUUGGUUGUGUUAUAAAUGCUGUUGUUAGCCAAGUGAUGAUUCAGUUGAGAGAAAGAGGUAUACAGUUGAUACGGGAUAUUCCUGAAGAAAUCAAAGUGAUUUAUGUAUGCGGUGAUCAAGCCAGAAUUCAACAGGUCUUGGCUGAUUUUUUGCUGAACAUUGUGAGAUGUGCACCAUCUCCUGAAGGCUGGGUGGAGAUCCAAGUUAAGCUAACUCUGAAACAGAAUUCUGAUGGAACAGACCUGGUGCUUCUCCAAUUCAGGAUCAUGUGCCCCGGAGAGGGACUGCCGCCAGAGUUGGUCCAAGAUAUGUUUAACAAUUCUCGAUGGAUAACCCAAGAAGGCCUUGGCCUGAGCAUAUCUAGGAAAAUAGUGAAGUUGAUGAAUGGGGAGGUCCAAUACAUUAGGGAGUCUGAGAGGUCUUACUUCCUCGUCUCCUUGGAGCUCCCUUCACUUCCUCGGAGGGGUGAAAGUAGAGGAAGCUAAAGCUACUCGUCCAUACUAAAAUGACUUUCCAUGUUUCUAGAGCCAUAGCAUGACCAACGGGGCGCUUUGUUGAAGCUGGAGCCUAAAGCAGCAGGUGGAUGACCUACCCAACAAAAGGGGUCUCGGAAGUAAAAUAGCUUGAAAUUUCCCAUAAAUUCAACUAAUUCUCUCAUUUGGAUUCUCAGAUGGCAAGUUAGCUAGCAACUGUGCGCCUUGGAGUGUUGUAUAAGUUAAUUGUUGUAUAUUAGUGUGCAUUUGAUUUCUUAGAGCUUGUACAUGUUAUUGCGGAUUGAACUACCAAUAGGUUUGCUGAGAUCCAACUUGGUUACUUUGGUUGUCACAAAACAUGUAUUUGCCUGUGUUAACA